AUGUUUCUGUACAACCUGACCUUGCAGCGCGCCACUGGCAUCACUCAUGCCAUCCAUGGCAACUUCUCAGGCACAAAACAGCAGGAAAUUGUUGUUUCCCGAGGAAAGAUUCUGGAGCUGCUGCGUCCAGAUGCCAACACCGGGAAGGUCCACACACUGCUCACCAUGGAAGUGUUUGGCAUCAUCCGCUCCCUCAUGGCCUUCAGGCUCACUGGUGGAACGAAAGACUACAUUGUGGUGGGCAGUGACUCGGGACGUAUUGUUAUCCUGGAGUACCAGCCUUCAAAGAACAUGUUUGAAAAAGUGCACCAGGAGACCUUUGGCAAGAGUGGCUGUCGACGCAUCGUCCCUGGACAGUUCUUGGCUGUGGACCCCAAAGGCAGGGCUGUCAUGAUAGGUGCUAUAGAGAAGCAGAAGUUGGUAUACAUUUUGAACAGAGAUGCUGCUGCUCGCCUCACGAUCUCAUCACCUCUGGAAGCGCACAAAGCCAAUACACUUGUCUACCAUGUUGUCGGGGUGGAUGUUGGCUUUGAGAACCCUAUGUUUGCGUGCCUCGAGAUGGAUUAUGAGGAAGCUGAUAAUGACCCCACAGGAGAGGCAGCAGCAAACACACAGCAGACCCUGACCUUCUACGAGCUGGACCUGGGGCUCAACCAUGUGGUGCGCAAGUACAGUGAGGCUCUCGAGGAGCACGGCAAUUUCCUAAUCACAGUCCCAGGUGGCUCUGAUGGCCCCAGCGGAGUGCUCAUUUGCUCAGAGAAUUACAUCACUUACAAGAACUUUGGAGACCAGCCAGAUAUCCGCUGCCCAAUCCCACGCAGGAGAAAUGACUUGGAUGACCCUGAGAGGGGCAUGAUCUUCGUCUGCUCUGCCACACACAAAACCAAGUCUAUGUUCUUCUUCCUGGCCCAGACUGAGCAAGGAGACAUUUUCAAGGUUACAUUGGAAACAGAUGAGGAGAUGGUCACAGAGAUCAGGAUGAAAUACUUCGACACCGUUCCUGUGGCCACAGCCAUGUGUGUGCUGAAGACUGGUUUCUUAUUCGUGUCAUCAGAAUUUGGAAACCAUUACCUGUAUCAGAUAGCUCACCUGGGUGACGACGAUGAUGAGCCGGAGUUCUCUUCUGCCAUGCCUCUGGAGGAAGGGGACACCUUUUUCUUCCAACCACGACCCCUCAAGAACCUGGUGCUUGUGGAUGAGCAGGAGAACUUGUCCCCCAUCAUGUCAUGCCAGAUUGCUGAUUUGGCCAAUGAGGACACUCCUCAGUUGUAUGUAGCGUGUGGAAGGGGACCUAGAUCGACUCUGAGGGUUCUUAGACAUGGCUUGGAGGUCUCAGAGAUGGCUGUCUCUGAACUUCCUGGUAACCCCAAUGCUGUGUGGACCGUUAGGAGGCACAUAGAAGAUGAGUUUGAUGCCUACAUCAUUGUGUCCUUCGUUAAUGCCACGCUGGUGCUGUCGAUUGGGGAAACUGUAGAAGAAGUGACGGAUUCAGGUUUUCUGGGUACUACCCCAACCUUGUCCUGCUCCCUGUUGGGGGAGGAUGCCCUGGUGCAAGUUUAUCCAGAUGGCAUCCGCCACAUCCGAGCAGAUAAACGUGUGAAUGAGUGGAAGACCCCAGGGAAGAAGACCAUUGUUCGCUGCGCUGUCAACCAGCGGCAGGUGGUGAUCGCUCUGACAGGAGGAGAGCUGGUCUACUUUGAGAUGGACCCGUCGGGCCAGUUGAAUGAAUACACUGAGAGAAAGGAGAUGUCUGCGGAUGUCGUGUGCAUGAGCCUUGCUAAUGUCCCUCCAGGCGAACAGCGCUCACGCUUUUUGGCAGUGGGCUUGGUUGACAACACAGUGCGCAUUAUAUCUCUGGACCCCUCGGACUGUCUGCAGCCACUGAGUAUGCAGGCUCUGCCUGCGCAGCCAGAGUCUCUGUGUAUAGUGGAGAUGGGAGGCGUGGAGAAACAGGACGAGCUAGGAGAGAAAGGCACCAUCGGCUUCCUGUACCUCAACAUUGGCUUGCAGAACGGCGUUUUGCUGCGUACGGUGCUGGACCCUGUGACUGGAGACCUGUCUGACACUCGCACGCGCUACCUGGGCUCUCGCCCCGUCAAGCUCUUCAGGGUGCGGAUGCAGGGCCAGGAAGCUGUGCUGGCCAUGUCUAGUCGUUCCUGGCUGAGCUACUCAUACCAGUCGCGUUUCCAUCUGACGCCGCUGUCUUAUGAGACUCUGGAGUACGCUUCAGGAUUUGCCUCAGAGCAAUGUCCCGAAGGCAUAGUGGCCAUCUCCACCAACACACUGAGGAUUCUGGCUCUCGAGAAGCUGGGUGCCGUCUUUAACCAGGUAGCCUUCCCGAUGCAGUACACGCCUCGCAAAUUUGUCAUUCACCCAGAGACCAACAACCUAGUCCUCAUCGAAACGGACCAUAAUGCAUACACAGAGGCCACCAAGGCCCAACGUAAGCAGCAAAUGGCAGAGGAAAUGGUAGAGGCUGCAGGAGAGGAUGAGAGGGAGUUGGCUGCAGAAAUGGCUGCUGCCUUCUUGAAUGAGAAUCUUCCAGAAGCUAUAUUUGGUGCCCCUAAAGCCGGAUCAGGACAGUGGGCAUCACUGGUGCGCCUGAUCAACCCCAUCCAGGGGAACACACUGGACUUGGUUCAGCUGGAGCAAAACGAGGCAGCAUUCAGUGUGGCUGUAUGCCGAUUUGCCAAUGGGGGUGAAGACUGGUAUGUGCUGGUGGGUGUGGCCAGAGAUAUGAUCCUUAACCCACGCUCAGUGGGUGGUGGCUACAUUUACACCUACCGCCUUGUAGGGGGUGGGGACAAACUGGAGUUUUUACACAAGACCCCAGUAGAGGAUGUGCCCCUAGCCAUUGCGCCCUUCCAGGGCAGAGUCUUGGUGGGUGUGGGCAAACUGCUGCGCAUUUACGACUUGGGUAAAAAGAAGCUGCUCCGUAAAUGUGAAAACAAGCAUGUUCCAAACCUGGUGACGGGCAUCCACACCAUUGGUCAGCGUGUGGUUGUGUCAGACAUCCAGGAGAGCCUUUUCUGGGUGCGAUACAAGCGCAAUGAGAACCAGCUCAUCAUCUUUGCUGAUGACACACAUCCACGCUGGGUCACUACCGCAUGCCUGCUUGACUACGACACCAUGGCCUCAGCUGACAAGUUUGGAAAUAUCAGUAUUGUUCGUUUACCACCAAAUACCAGCGAUGAUGUGGAUGAGGACCCCACAGGGAACAAAGCCUUGUGGGACAGAGGGCUGCUCAACGGGGCAUCGCAAAAGGCUGAAGUCAUUGUCAACUACCACAUUGGAGAGACAGUUUUGUCCCUGCAAAAGACCACCCUCAUCCCUGGAGGCUCAGAGUCUCUGGUGUACACAACUUUGUCAGGAGGUAUUGGCAUCCUGGUGCCCUUCACUUCCCAUGAGGACCAUGACUUCUUCCAGCACUUAGAGAUGCAUAUGCGCUCUGAAUUUCCUCCUCUGUGUGGCAGAGACCAUCUCAGCUUCCGCUCCUAUUACUUCCCUGUGAAGAAUGUGAUCGAUGGAGAUCUGUGUGAACAGUUUAACUCCAUGGAUCCUCAUAAGCAGAAGAGUGUUGCUGAGGAGUUGGACCGCACGCCACCAGAGGUGUCUAAGAAACUGGAAGACAUUCGGACACGCUACGCCUUUUGAAGUCCUGUUCUGUAUAUGGUCGUGUGCUCUGCAGACUCACAUUUUCAAACCCACUGGUUUUUCAGUCUGCCUCCUGCUGCAGCCACAAGUUUCCUACCACAAAUAUGGGUAAAAAUUUUGAUGAGUACAAGAAGAUGCAUUUUGUGAGAGGCCAUCUGGGAAUUGUCACUGUGGUCAGUGAACCUGUCGGACAUGCAACAACACUGAAAAUGUGAAGCUGGAUUACGCGCGGUGUUUUGAGUUUUGUACGGCUCAACACCAGAAAAAAAAGAUGAUUGUCAUUCCGAGGUCUGCUUGGUAGUCACCUGUUGAUGUAUGGGCUUUAGAUUGAGAGGGUUAAGGAUGUGUAAGUUCAGCAAGUCAUUUAGUACUUUCUCUCCCACCGCAUUGUGGGUGAAAUUUACUAAAUUCAGUUUUUAUUGUAUGAAUCACACGAGGAGAUUGAUGUUUAGUAAAAGGCUGGUUUCUUUGCUUUGAAGGCUGAAAAAAAUGCUGUUCUCACAUUGUUCCACAUGAGAGUCGGGUCAUGUAAAAUAGCUUUAGUAGUAUUUGUUGGGGGCACAGUCGGAUGAUUGUGGCUGAAAUGGGUUGUUUUUGCUUUUUUGGGUGGGGGGUGGGCGGGGGGGGGGGGGGGUCAAGAUGGACCUAAUCAUCAAACCGUCACAGCCGUAAGUUCCCUAACUUAAAAUAUGUCUUUGUAAUAUGAAUGAAGUUGUAAAUAAACCGUUUUUAAAAAGACA